AUGGCAGGAACUGAAGCUACAAAAUAUGCUUCUGCUACGAACAACAUGGCAAAAUCGAACAAACCCAUUAUGAGGAGGUUCAUUGGGGUGAGGCAAAGGCCUUCAGGAAGGUGGGUGGCUGAGAUCAAAGACUCUUCUCAGCAUGUGAGGUUAUGGCUUGGAACCUAUGACACACCAGAAGAAGCUGCUAGAGCUUAUGAUGAAGCAGCUCGAGCUUUGCGUGGUGAAAAUGCCCGAACCAACUUUGCAUCAUCAUCAUCGGUGAACCAAACCACAAACCAAUCAGGUUCUGUUCCUUCUUCUGAUGGGAAACAUGGUUUAAGCUUUGCUUCCUUGAAAGCCAAGUUAAGCAAGAAUCUUCAGAGCAUUAUGGCCAGAGCAAGUGACAGCAAGUCCUCAAAGAGUAGAGUGAGUGAUCACUUUACCUUUGCUAGCAUAUUCCAUCGUGGGAAUUACCAAUACCAAAUCCCUUCAGUGGAUAUGAAAAGCAUUGAGAAAGUGGUGCAGCCUAGUAUUAUUGUUCCCCCUGUAGAGGGUGAUCACCCUGUUGUUUGGGAAACCUCUAGUGUUUCUGAUUGUAGCUCUGAGUGGGUCGGGUUUAGGCAACCCGGUUUGGACUCUGAUGGGUCGGAUAUUGGGGAUGUUAGUGUUGGUGAUCAAGGGUACUUGGAUCAACUAAUGGGAUGGGUUGAUAGCCCUGAUUUUUGUGCAAGUGAAGGUUCAAGGAGUAAGAGGUUUAAGGUCUCUUCUUCUGUGCUUGUUCCCCCAACUUUCACUGGGUCUCCUUUUGAUUGUGGCUCCCCUUAUAGUGGUUAUGCCUCUCCUUAUAAUGGUUGUGGCUCCCCAUGUAAUGGUUAUGCCUCUACAUAUGAUGGUAGGAAAUGA